AUGGGGAAACUAGUCGCAGCAAUCGGCAGGUUCUUAUGCUUUGUACAGGUGGACCAGUCAAAAGUAUGCAUCAAAGAGAGAUUUGGGAAGUUUGAGGAUGUACUUGAUCCUGGAUGCCAUUUUGUGCCAUGGAUCAUUGGAAAACACGUCAAAGUUAUAAGGGCAACUGUUCCCAAACUAGAACUGGAUGAUACUUGCAAGCAAAAGAAUGAAAUAGCAAAGGCUGUGGAGGAGGAACUUGAAAAGGCAAUGUUUACUUAUGGUUAUGAGAUUGUGCAAACACUGGUGAAUCUACAUUGUGGCAACGUGCCUGGGACUUCAGCUAAGGAUGUCAUGGAUUUAGUUCUGACCAUCGAGUUUUUUGACACCAUGAAAGAAAUUGGUGCAGCAAAGAAAUCUUCUGCAGUUUUCCUCCCACAUGGUCCUGGUGCUGUUGCAGACAUUGCUAGUCAGAUCCGUGAUGGAUUUCUUCAGGCAUCUACACAGCAGACAAAGUGA